CACUGCGUGCGCCACCAGAUUUAAUUCGGUGCUUACAUGGAGGGAUGAAGCAAAACAAGCGAGAGGGCAUCCUGCAUGGUUUCAGGGAGGGCAACAUUCGGGUUCUUUGCGCCACGGACGUUGUGGCCCGUGGUCUUGAUGUGCCCGAGCUUGACCACGUCAUCAACUAUGAUCUUCCAGGCGACUCCGACGCGUAUGUGCAUCGUGUCGGCCGCACGGGACGCGCCGGCCGUCGAGGAACGGCGCACACGUUUAUUCUCGCCGGCGACAAUCGUGCCCCGCUGAUUGCCCGCUUCAUCGCAAAACAGCAGGGUACCGCGUUGCCGGAAGAUGUGCUUGCAAUUAUUCAUGACAUUGAGCUCCAUGGCAGAGCGGCGACGGAGCGUCCAAAGUACAAAGACCACGCACGUGUCGCGGGCAAAGACUGGCGCGUGUAUGGCAGCGCAAAGUCAAUAAAACCAGAAGAGCGUCGAUAUGUCCGGGGAUACGGCCAUGUCUUGACAAUCAAGCGGCCCACCCCACGCAAGGAGAAAUAG